AUGACGCCGGGACGCACGCUGCAAAGUAAUGAGGAAUGUCCCCGCCCGCCGUACACAGUCGAGCCACCCAACUGUUCCAGCAUCGGUUUAAGAACGAGCCAACAGAGACGUCCCGGCCCUGUGAACGGACACGGUAGCGGGGACUUCCGACCUCAACUCUCAGCAAAACGUCUCGGUUGGCAAUCGUACCAGAUCGUCCAGUUUCGCCACUGUCUACUACCAGAAUGCUGGCGGAAUGCGUUCAAAAGCAAGCAGUUUUUCCUAGCCCUUGCCAGCAGUGACUACGAUGUGAUCGCGUUAACGGAAACGUGGCUGAGUGACGACAUAGUGGAUGCUGAGCUAUCACCGAACUACACCAUCUUCCGGCAAGAUCGUAGUGCUCGGACUAGCGACCGUAGAAGAGGAGGUGGCGUACUUAUCGCCGUUAGGAACUCACCUGUACACGCGUGUACACGUGUGGUUUCGGAAGGAUACGAACACUUGGAACAAGUCGCGGUUCGCGUCAAGGUCCAUAACCAUCACAUCCUCGUCUGCUGUAUCUAUAUCAGACCAAACAGUGACCCUGACAUAUAUGUCUCGCACGGAGCCGCUGUUCAGGAACUAUUGGACCUUUCUACGCAUGAUGACUCAGUCAUCGUCACCGGUGACUACAACCUGCCUCAUCUUUCGUGGUACUUUGACGACGACUUGAACUGCCUGAUCCCACUGAACGCGUCAUCUGAGCAAGAGUUAGCGCUGACUGAAAAUGUCAUCUCAACCGGACUCCAACAAGUCUGCUCGCUCACGAAUGUUAACGGAAGGACUCUUGACCUGGCCUUUGUCAACGACGUGAACUCCGUUGAGCUCAUCGAACCUCCUACUCCUAUUCUGAAAACUGACCGACACCACAAAGCGUUCGUUUUGAAGGCCGUCUUCUAUGCUGGCACCAGUGAGUCAAGUCCGCUGCCCGGUUUCGAACCAGACUUUAGUAAUUGCGACUACGUACGAGUGUCUGAAGCGCUCAACUCCGUAGACUGGGAUACUCUUCUACGCGAUCAAGACACAAACGGUUCGACUGCGACGUUUUACGAUGUUGUUUACAACCUCAUACAGCAAUUUGUACCAAUGAGGCGAAUUUCUUGUAAUCGCACUGGAAAGCUUCCUUGGUGGACUGCCGACCUUCGACACAGUCGGAACAUACUGCGGAAAGCUCGGAAAAGGUUAUUUCGAGCCAGUACGCCCGAAAAUAACGCAAUUGUGGAAACAUUGGAAGUCGAGUACGAAGCACUGCAAGAUUUGCGAUACCGAGAGUAUCUGAGCCGGGUUGAAGCAGACGUUGAGGACAAUCCAUCAUCUUUCUGGAGCUACAUAAAAGGAAGGAAACGUUCCAGUGUACAUCCCACGAAGAUCUCGCACAACGGCCGUUCUGCGGAUAAUCCAGUUGACGCAGCAAACUUCUUCGCCGACUUCUUCAGCAGUGUUUAUGAUACCGUGACGCCUACUGCUAGUGCCACUUACCUAGACACGCUCCGGACGUUUGACAUCGACCUCCCUCGGCCAGAUUUCACUCAAGCUGAGGUAGAAACGGCUUUGAACGCCAUCGAUCCUGCGAAGGGUGCCGGGCCUGAUCGACUUCCGCCUGCGUUCAUCAAGGAGCUCUCCAGUUCAUUCGCCAGACCUAUCAGCACUAUCUUCAACCGCUCCCUGUCCGAAGGCGUUUUCCCGACGAAUGGAAGCUGGCAGCAAUAA